AGGGUUUAACUAGAGAGACACUUCCUGUUUGCAGAGAUACACACAAACUAUUUGUUACUUCUUCUUUCAGCAUAUAUCUGAACUUCAGUGACGGUUGUGGAUCAGAUGUUUGUGAUGGCAGAACCUGAAGACCAGACUGAGAAGAACCAGAAGCCUCCAGAUGGACCUCCCAGUUGUUCAAGUCUGACCACUAAGGAGCUGCAGCAGAACCUGAAAGCUGUGAAGAAGAACAAUCAACUUGUCAAGCUUGUGUUUGAAAUCCCGUCAACUCGGAUCAUUGAAGAAGUUCUGUCCAAAUACGUGCAGGUGUACGAGGUGGUGGUGAUGCGCUCCGGGAGCUUCGAUUCGCGCCGGGUGUCCGUGGAGCGUCGCUACAGCGACUUCCUGCGCCUCCACCGCGACCUGCUGGAGGAGUUCCAGGAGGAGCUGGAGGACGUGGUCCUGCCCCGAAAGCUGCUGAGCGGGAACUUCUGCCCCGAGGCCAUCGGGGGGCGCCGCCUGGCCCUCCAGGACUACCUGGCAGCCCUCUACGCCGCGCGCUGCGUGCGCCGCUCGCCUCACUUCCACCGGUUCCUCACCCAGCCGGAGCAGAGACGGGCCCACGGCCUGCUGAGAGCCGGCCGCUUCCUUCUCGCCGUGCAGCUGCUGCAGGACGUCCUGGAGAUUGAGGAGAAGCUGCUGCCCUGGCAGAACCCCACCCUGACGGUGCCGACCCUCUCCGCCCUGGCGGUCUGCUACCGUGACCUGAAGGAGCCGGAGAGGGCCUUCGCUGCGGCGCAGCGGGCGCUGCCCCCCACCAGGCGCUACGGACUGGACCGCUACCGGGCCUCCCUGCUGCAGCUGCUGGUGGACUCGGGCUACGAGCUGGGUCGCCCCGUGGCGCAGCUGCAGGAGGAGCUGACCCUGCUGAGGGAGAGGGGGGAGGUGACCUCCCUGAAGGAGUUAGUGGUCCACGAGUUCACCUGAGUCUCUGCACUCGGCCUUCAACGUACUUUAAACUCACACUAAAUAUCUUCACACUUUGAUUCUAUUGGAGGAAUUAAGAUAUUAAAAUGUUUAAAUAGUGUAAGAAGUAGAUGUGUGUGUCUGCUCAUGUACAUGUGCACAUACUACACGUACUCAGCACUGUCCAUACUGGUCUAACUGGUCCCACUGGCAUGGAAAUUGGAAAUAUUGGGGAAAAAAAAUAAAACCUUUCCUACUUGUAAAAACUCAUA